UUUUUAUCAAGGCUGGUCUGCUCCUUUAAGAGUGUGUGAGGAGGAAAUAGGAAGUUAGUUCUCCUAACAUUUAACACGAAGACUCCCACCAAAACAAACGGAGUUUCUUAAUGAUGGCAGGAAUAAAAGCGCUUGUCGCGUUGUCCUUUAGUGGAGCCCUUGGACUGACAUUUCUGCUUUUGGGAUGUGCACUACAACAGUUCGGAGUUUAUUGGCCACUGUUUGUCCUGCUCUUUCACAUCUUAUCACCUAUUCCAAAUUUAAUAGCCAGGAGGCAUGUGGAUGACACAGAGUCGACCAGUGCCUGCAGGGAACUGGCUUACUUCUUGACCACUGGCAUUGUGGUGUCAGCCUACGGAUUACCUGUUGUGCUUGCAAGGAAAGGUGUUAUUUACUGGGGUGCCUGUGGCCUGGUAAUGGCAGGUAAUUCUGUCAUUUUUCUGACCAUUGUUGGUUUCUUCGUGCUAUUUGGAGGUGGUGAUGACUUCAGCUGGGAACAGUGGUAAAAUUCAUCCGAAGGACCUACCACCACUAUGUAAACUAGUAAAUGUGGAAUUGUUUUCCAUGGCAAUGCUGAUUCUAUAUGGAAGUUGGACUUCUGGGCUGAUAAUUCUAUGAUAGCUGCACUGGUACUCUGCUUUCAGUAGAUCUGCUCUUUCACCUGUAUUUCAUUUUGGCAUAUGCACGGCUUACAGUAGUAUACACAGUGAUUAGAGUAAAAACAGAUAAUUUUUUCAUCUUAAGAACACAUCCAGGUUUAAUUUACAGAGAAAAACAUAAUAAAAGCCAUUUACAAUUUUUCCUUUUGAUUUUGGGGAGAAAUGUGAGCAUGAGCAUAAUUAAGAAAACUGUAAAGAUAAAGAUAAAGUAACAUAUUUUUUCAGCAUCUUUAAAUGUGACCAUUUGUACUUGCAAUAUUGGGCUAAUAUUUAUGAAGCAUAAAUCCACAACUGACUAACAGCUGCUCUCAGCAUAACACAUAAGCAGUGUUACCAUGGCAGUAUAUUAAGGCCCAGUUUCACAGACAGGGUUUAGUUUAAACCCGGACUAACACUUAGUGAAAUUAAGAUAUUUUAAAAAAUGCCCUAGUAAAAAACAUUACUCGUGUGCAUCUUGACAAAACAAUGGCACUGACAUACUUUAAGUUGUUUUAAGGUGAGUUAUUUUCACUUAAGACUCCUCAAACAUUAAUUUUAGUCUGGGAUUAACUUUAAACCUUGUCUGUGAAACCGGGUAUAGGUGUUUUUAAUGCUGUUCUUUUAUUGCAAUGCUACUAAUGCCAAUUAUGGAAUGUACCGUAAAGCUUUAACUUUCUUCAACUAUGUUUACACAAGAUUACCAAAGCAGACCUCUUCGUAGUCAUCCAUUCCAUGAUUCUUUUUUCAUUUGGGUACUUGACAAAUAAUGCGUCCUAUGGUGUGACAGCAAAAAUUUAUAAAAACAAACUAGCAAUGAAGACAAAUCUCUCUUAUGCUAUUUUAUAUAAAUCUAAAAUAAUAUAAUAUUUACAGUUUGUUUUCUAAAUUUUUGCUGUCACAACAUGGUAUAGACGCAUGGUAUGGUUUAUUUGUCAAUUUACCCAUUUGGUUUAGAAUGUUUGCAAAUACAAUCAUUAUCUUCCAUUACCUUCCUGUAAUUAAAGAAUAGCCUAUUUUAGUGUAGUUAUUAUAUUUUAUUGCAAGAGGAUGUGAUUCAUACAGUUUUAGACAUUUUUAUAACUGACAUAGUUCCAUCUGAAACACUAUGACAUGACUUAUGUAAUUGUGCACCUUGAUACACCCUACAGUACAAAAUCUGAGAUCCAAUUUCACCAGAAAAUCAGGGUAUUUAGUUUUACACUACUAGCGUUUAUAUUGAAAUAAACGUAAUUUGUUACGUUUUUUUGUCCGAGGUUAACUGUACAAUCAUUUUAACAGGACUUCUAUAAGGGAUAUGCUUCCUAUUCUUGAUGGCAAACUAUAUAUAUAUAUAUGAUUAUAUGAAUAAAUACACAUUUUCUCA